CUCACGCAGAUACCCAGAGGGAGAGGGACGCAGGCGGAGCAGACGGCUGUGCUGCGGACUGGAGCAUGCCCAGGUUUCACCGCCGCUCACCUGCUCUUGCACCCCGAAGUCCGUAGCCAGGUGGGGAGGCAGAGGGAGACUCCCCUGUAUUUGCAGAGCCGAUACCAGCUGUAUCUGGCGCAAGCAGGUCUGCUGGCCAUGGGCAACCUGAUAAAGGUAUUGGGCAAAGAUUUAGAAAACUGUCCUCAUUUUUUCCUGGAUUUUGAAAAUGCUCAGCCCACAGAAGCCGAGACAGCUGUGUGGAACCAGGUCAACGCAGUGCUAGAGGAGGCACAGACAAUCCUGGCUGAACUGCAGUCCUACACGGGGGCUGGCCUGGAGAUUAGAGAGGCAAUCCAAAACCCCAAUGACCUCCAGCUACAGGAGAAGGCCUGGAACGCAGUGUGCCCUCUAGUGGCAAAGCUGAAACGCUUCUAUGAGUUCUCUCUUCGACUGGAGAACGCUCUGCGCAGCUUGCUGGAAGCUCUGACUAGCCCGCCCUAUGCCCCGACUCAGCACCUGGAGAGAGAACAAGCCCUAGCAAAGCAGUUUGCAGAAAUCCUACACUUCACCCUCAGCUUCGACGAGUUCAAGAUGACCAACCCUGCCAUCCAGAACGAUUUUAGCUACUACAGAAGAACCCUCAGCCGAAAUCGCAUUAACAAUUUACAGUUGGAUGCCGAGAGUGAUGUUAACAAUGAAAUGGCCAACAGGAUGUCUCUCUUCUACGCAGAGGCCACGCCUAUGCUUAAAACUCUAAGCAACGCCACAACCAAGUUUGUUUCAGAGAACAAGACCCUCCCCAUUGAGGACACAACUGACUGUCUAAGCACCAUGGCCUGUGUCUGCAGGGUGAUGCUGGAGACGCCGGAAUACAGGAGCCGGUUCACCAACACCGAGACCCUUCUCUUCUGCAUGCGAGUGAUGGUUGGAGUCAUUAUCCUCUACGAUCACGUUCACCCCGUGGGGGCUUUCGCAAAGACCUCCAAAAUCGAUAUGAAAGGAUGCAUCAAAGUCUUGAAAGAUCAGCCUUCAACCAGCACAGAGGGGCUCCUGAACGCACUGAGGUACACCACCCGGCACCUCAACGACGACACCACAUCCAAGCAGAUCCGGGCCCUGCUGCAGUGAGCGCCUCGAGAGCGGUGUGUGUGUGUGUGGGGGGGGUCUGUCCGGCUGGGGCCUGGAGGCUUCACUUAGAACUGUCAGCGGAAAAUUUUAAAUGUUGCCAUGUUGCUAUAAAUAACCAUGAUCAUAUUCCUCAUUU